GCAUCGCGAGUCUACUCCGCCCACCCAACACCAACACCCCUCCCAUUUGAAAAAAAAAAUCCCCUGAGUUUCCGGAAAUUAACAAACUCGUGAUGUCAGGAGAGUAACAGGGAAACAGCUAGCUAGCGUCUGCUUCUGGACAAUGUUAAACAAAUUGAAAACGAUUUCAGUUCGCUGCAAUGUGAAAUGCGAAAGAGAAUGGAUAUAUCAAAACUGAUGAAGUACGGACACUUUUUCUUACGCCUGUGGAUUGUCCCUUCGCCUCUUCCUAUGGAUGUCACGUCAAGCUAAAGGACUCAGGAAUUCGGAUUUGCAGCGUCUGCUAACUGUGUUGCUAUAACGUUACAACGCUGCUCCUGUCCCAGUUAAUAUGACGCGACUUGCUCUUGAUCAAGUGACAGAUUUUGGCGAUUUUACUAGAGGUAAAGAUUUAAACGAGUUUUUAAAGCAAACGUUUUUAAACAAUUCUUCCAAAAAUGGUUUGUCGGAUGUUAGAAUCAGCCCUGAUGGACGCCACAUCCAUGUUAUUCUUCGUAAACCGAAGUGUGGUCUCUUGACAUUUGACAAAUUUCAGAGACCACAUCUAAUACAAUGUCAGAAGCAUCUAGAUUUAGUAUUAACCAAAACUGCACCAAUUGUUGACGUUGUGUAUCUGGAUAACAACAAAGACAGUGGUGUGGCAAUACUCACUGUGGUAUUCGAAAAUGGCAAGGCGGAAUUCUGGAAAUUUUGGGAACGGAAAUCGGGUUGGCAUUUGUUACAAACUGUGGAUCUAUGCAAUAGCCCAAGGGCCCGAGUCGUAUCUGUUUGUGUCAGCCUGAAUUUCAUUGUCUGGUGUGAGGAAAGGCCUCCGUCGGAAAGCUCAUCUACCGUCAAUGCAAGCCGCAAUAACUUCAGGUACUGUAUCUGCAAAAGAACCAUUGAAGUGGACGAAGGGGGUAUAAGCCUAGGAGGAGUCAAAAUCGCAUUGCAUAACAAUCCCCGUUACAUGGUCAUCAGCUCAGGCGAGAAUGUGUACCUAUUUUCGGAUGAUGCCAAGGAUACAUCUCCAGGGACUGUUUCCAAAUGUUUUCUGACGUGGUCACCUCAGCAUGAUUUGUUUAGAGUCGGCUCUACAUGUGAGGGUGUUCUGCAUCAGAGGGCCUCUCCUACAAACAGGGAGUCUGACUUCAAGCGCCUGGUCACUGACUGUAUAGGAGCUAUUUCAGCCAUCAGCCCACCAGCCAUCUAUGGAUUUGCUCCGACGGGCAGUGGUGGUCUCCUGUUCCUCCUCAGCUCGGGGUGGGUCUGUGAGAUGCAGAAGGAUGGCGUCCUGCGGCACAUAUACAAGCUGCCAGACAACUGCCUCGCUAGCUGCGGGACGCACAACAGCCUGAGCAUCUACCACAACAUUUUAGCACUGACUGUGGGCAGGACCCUCUACUUGAUUGACACCAAAUGUGGCCGAGAGCUGGAAAAGAUCCCCCUGAAAAAGGAGAGCCUCUUGUUCGUGAACUGCCUGGAGAAUAACACCCCGCACUUGUUGUCUGACACCGGCCUGUUCGUGGUGAUGCGCCGGGAGACCGACCUGAAAAACAAACCGUCGUCCCCCGGUGGCCACGGCGAGGUGGUCAGCUCAGGCGCCGUCCUCGUGGAGGCCGUCUUUGAAGAGGCGUGUAAAUACUACCAGCAGAGGAGCCUCGGGAGCACACAGCUGACCGCUGAGAAGCUGAAGAAAGGGGGGAUGUUUCAGGCACCCCUGUCGCUGGCGGCCAUCCUCCGGGACUACCUCAGUGGCCAGAAGCCUGCAGACAUCGCUAAGUGCAACGGUGGCAACGAGAAACUGCUGUGCUCCCUGGACGGCGAGCUCAAGAGUUUGGUGGCGCUGGAGAGCAUCAAAGCGACUCUGGUGAAGGCCACGGAGAAGGACCUGGAGGCCCUGGGCGAGACGCUGGUCCAGCAGGAGGUCAGCAGGCUCCUGACCUCCGAGGUGGAUCGCGAGAACCUCGUCUACCUGAACUUCGUCUUCCAGACGUUCCCCGACGAGGCGUGGCACGCGCUUCAGAGCGUGCUGCAGCUGCGGUGCAACGGCGAAGGCUCACUGUCCACUAAAGCUCCCGUCGAGGUGUGGAAGACAGUUCUCGCGCCCAUCGCGACCACGUCCAACUUCCACCACCACCACCACAACGGGCAGCAAAAGCAGGCCCCCGCCAACGUGGCACUGCCCAUGUUCGAGCUGCUCUGCCACUCGGUGUUCAGGCACCAGCCCGCCUGGCUGCCCAGGUUCCUCGACCUGGCCCAGGAGCAGGCCGGCUCCUCGUCCUCCUCGUCCACCUGGGGCUACGGCGUGAAGGAGUCUCCCGAGAGCCUGCCGCUCUACAAACGGGCACUGACGGUGCUCCCGGACGGCGGCAGCGGUGAGUACCAGGACCUGGAGGUGGAGCUGCUGCUGUGCAGCCGGCGGCCCAACGCCGUCAUGCAGGCGCUGCGCAUCCUCAUGGGCCAGGGCCAGUGGGAGUGGGCCACGCGUGUGGCCGAGCGCUUCUGCCGGCAGAGCCCGCUGCUCAACAAGGAGAUCUUCACCACGCUGCUGUGCGAGGUGUCGCACCACCGCCACCUGGACCCUUACCUGGAGCUGCUGUGGGCGCUCUGCCCCGAGGACCUGACCGUCACCAGCAUCCUCAACAUCGUGCUCAAGAACCUGCCCGCCUCCGGCCUGAGCACCGGAGCCCAGGGUGGGGCCACAGGGCCCUUCCCAGGCCAGAGCAGCAGCCAGCUGACAAUCGGGCUCCUGAAGCCGCUGCUCAGCAAGGUGCUGCUGCGCGAGACCAAGCCCAGCCAGAGGUACGCCGACAUCCUCCAGUCGCCCACCUUCCCGCCGCCCACUCCCCCGCGCCAGAACAAAGGGCUCCCCAGGGCCGCCACCGAGCCUGCCCUGGACCAGCAGGACUCCAAGCCAAGGACUUCGUCAGGGCCUGAAGUGGCGUCACCCCUCAAUCCUGUCUAACUGUGUUCAUGCUUUUUCCUCUCUCCUCUGAUUGGCCAAUCCCCUCUCGCUGACUUGACUUCAAUCACGAGACCAAUGGAGUACACAGAGUUCAUUUGUGUGUGUUUGUGUGUGUGUGUGUGUGGGAUUGGGGGUGUUCCUCUCACUGAAGAGAAGGAUUGGAGACUGAUUAAAGAACACAUUGGUGUUUACACUAAAGCUGUGUGAUUGAAUGUUGAAUGACAUUGAUGGGAUGAUUUAUGAGCUGCAUUUUUGAAAGCAUCUAUCUUAAUCAAACUCCUGGAUUGUUGUGCUGAAAAUGGUGUCAUGCAGAUUGUGUGUGUGUAUUAGGCAGUAAUUCAGGAACUCCAGGAACUUUUUUUGGAAUUAAGCAGCCUUUUGGUCGCAUUGGAGUAACCUAAUGAGACCAUGCUUAACAGUCCAACCAAAGGUUAUCUUUCUCCUUUUUUUAUUUGUAAUUGCAAGAUUGUAUGCCUAUGAUGGUUAGGUAGUUCACAGGCCUAAUAAUAUAUAGUAUUAUCAUAUCAAGGCAUUGUACUGAGUAGGACAUGUAAAUGCUGAUGUAGGCCUAUUGUUUACGGUGGUGAUAAAAAAGUAGUAAGUAACCAGGCCUAUAAGAACAAGACUUAUCAUCUGUACAUUUUGUUUAAUGUACAUAUACAUACAUAAACCUAGAUUGCACAUCCAUGGAGAAACCAUGUACAAUCCAUGUCUCUCAAAGAUUGUGUAUGCUGAGAUAUAUAUUGACAUCUUGCAGUGAUAAAUAUCCUUAUCUUCAGGGCUGUGCAUGUAUGUUAUUGGUACCAUGUGACCCCUCUUGCUCAAGGCUUUUUUAUCAUAACACAAGCUAGAGUUGAUUGGAGUUGAUAACUUGAACAGACUGGACUCUGCUUUGCUACUACUGAAGAGAAAAACAACAAAAUUACAUUCUUCUCUGAAAAGGGACGCAAUCUCCUUAAAUAAAAGCGCAUACUUCAAAAGCUCAAUCUGACAAGUGGAGCCAUCUUGGGUUCAAAUCACACCCUCGCUCUGGUCACAGGCUUUCCAGGCAAGCUGUGUCGGCAGGCAGGCAAGGCAAGGCAUUCAGCAGCCCGAUUCAGCUCCCCCAGUCCCACCCUUCACAUUCCAUUGCCACUAAGCAGCAGCAGAAGCAGUCUCAGCCCCCCUGUUUAAAUUGAAUUUUGCGUAAUUCUGUUAUGCAGUGAAUGACUUGCUGGAGAGCGGUUGAGCGGCCUGCUGUGUCUUGCGUUUGGGCCCAGUGUGGCUGAUUCAAUUUGGGGCCCUUUAAACACACUGAGUCACACUCCUUUAUAUUUACACGGUCUAGAAAUGUAUACUUGGGUUUGACGGGGACUCUGAUGUAUCUUGACGUUUCAUUGGAUGGAGUCUCCAGUGAGUCAAUGAUCAGAGAUUCCUAAAACACUAAAAAUAAGAUUUUUGUCAAAAUUGAUUGUCAAUGUUUAAAGAAAGUUUUUCUUUUUCAUAUUAAUGCCUUGCAUUUCUUUUAAUCAUAUCUGACAUGCCAUGUACAGUGCUGUAAUGUGCCUAUAAACUGUUUUAUUUAUUAUUUUUUGUUGUUUUGUUUUGAUCUGCCUUGAGUCUGUGACUGCUGAACCAGGUUAUGCUGUAUGUAUUUUCCACAGUAUUGCUUUUCAGUGGCAGCCUGCUGCCAGGUUCCGAGUGGGUUUGCCUUGCAAAACAAACAUUAAUAACUUGAUCAGUGUGUUCUUGGUAAAUAGCUUAUGUUAACCCCACCCCAUUACCCUGGCUAAUAAAAUGUCUUUUGACUUA